AUGGUAUUAAUCAGAGAGCAAUCUGCUCGGUUUAUAGUUUAUGGCCAAUUGGAGUACCCACCAUCUAUGGAAGCCAAAAUGAAAACAAGGACUAAUGAUGUCGGUGUUGAAGUUGAUCCUAGGGAUGACUUGAAUAUUGAAGCAGGGAGGAAACUGGGCCAAUUAGUCUGGAAAAGUAAUUUAACUUUGAUGAUUUGUUUGCUAUAUGACAUUGAGCUCUACAUACUGCACCGCUAUCCAUUGGUUGUGAGGCCUUUCAAUACUAUGUCUUGCUAUGACAAUAAGGAGUACAGUAAUUCAUUUGAUGUCUUCGUUCGAGUGAGUAUAAUAUCGAAGUAUGCUGAGGCUAAUUCAUUUCAGGUUGAGGUCGAUAAGGAUCCAGCUGAGUCCAAGAAAGAUGAGCAAGAUGGCAAGACUGAGAUUCAUUUUGUCAUUCUUGUUAGUCGACAAGGAAAAGUGAGGUUGACUAAAUGGUUUGCAACCUAUUCCCAGAAGGAAAGAUCCAAGGUAAUGCGGGAGCUGAGUGGUAUAAUUCUCAAUCGAGGUCCCAAGCUGUGCAACUUUAUAGAAUGGAGGGGGCUUAAAGUUGUCUAUAAAAGAUAUGCGAGUCUUUAUUUCUGCAUGUGUAUUGACCAAGACGAUAAUGAAUUGGAGGUUCUUGAAAUAAUUCACUACUACGUUGAGAUACUCGAUCGAUAUUUUGGUAGUGUUUGUGAGCUGGAUUUAAUUUUUAACUUCCACAAGGCUUACUUUAUAUUGGAUGAACUUUUGCUUGCUGGUGAGCUUCAAGAUUCGAGUAAAAGAGCAGUGGGACGAAUGAUAGCUAUACAUGAUCGAUUUGUGGAAGCUGCUAAAGAAGAGGCCAGUUCAAUAAGUAAUUUUAUUGCACAAGUUAGUAUGUAG